CUCAGCACAGCUCAUCUUCUCGUGGUCAACCUCAGAUCUUGUCAACCUGAGCCCAAGCUCUUCCACGAUCUCCAAUCUUCGGGACCUGCCGUCACCAGACUUCUCGCCAAGAUGCUUUCUCUCCAGACCGCAGCCCUGCUGCUCUUCCCUCUCGUCGCUGCCUCUCCCGUGGCACGCGCUGCUGAGACCAGUGUUACCGUCACGGUGGACACUGCCCCUGCCGGCCCUACCAGCUCCACCUACAACUGGGCCGAAGGCUGGAAGGCCAACUUCCCCAUCCACCAGUCUUGCAACAUCACCCUUCGUACUCAGCUCGAGGGCUGCUCUCGCCGAGACCAUGACCAUUGCGGCCCACGCCCCGCGAUCAUCUUCUCCACAACCCCAAAUGGCUGGGCCGGCCACUGGCGCGGCUCGAAUGCCACCCAGGAGACGGUCAUCUGCGACCUCUCCUACGAGAUCCGCCGCCCUCUUGCCGCUCUCUGCGGUGGUGGUUAUACCGUGGCCGAGUCCAAGCUCAACACCUACUGGGCCACUGACCUUCUGCACCGCGCCUUCCACCUGCCCGGCAUCAGCGACGGCAUCAUCGAUCACUACGCUGAGGAUUACGCCGAGGCCCUCAAGCUUGCCGCCACUGAGCCUGAACUCUCCAUCAUCGACAGCGACACCCUUCAGUACUUCGCCAUUGAGGCUUAUGCCUAUGACAUUGCCAUCCCCGGCGUCGGCUGCCCCGGCGAGAAGCCCAUCAUUGACACCGCCGCCGGCACCAGCACCGCUGCCCCGACUACUACUACCGCCAGCGAUGCCAGCGGCACCACCACCGCCAAUGCUUCGUGCCACACCCACGACGAUGGCUUUGUUCACUGCUCGUAG